AUGAAUCCAGAAAGCUCCAAUAACAACAGCCAAACAAACCCCAGAAAAAGACCAUUAGUAGAAGAACCUAACAAUGACAAACAGCCAGUAACACUAAACUCCAUGGUGGUAGCCAUUGAUCACAACAAUCUCUUUUACACAGUCUGUUCUAUAUGUGAAAAAACUCUACCUGACCCUUCUCCAAAUACCCAUAUCCCCAAUUCUUCUUCUUCGUCUUCUUCAAUACCCUUUUGCAAAAAUUGCAACUUUAACUCUGCUUCUUCUGGUUCCAAACGCCUCUUUCGUGUUCUUAUGUCGAUAGCUACUGAGAAAAGAGUGGUAGUGGUGAUAAUGUUUGAUAGGGCGGCUAGGGUUUUGUUUGGUUGUUCUGCUGAUGAGUUCUUUGAUUUUGCCAAGACUCACCCUUUUGCUGCUGCAUCUGCCGGUAAUGCUUUGGAGGGAGAGAUGCUGAAGAUCACCUUGUCCCAACCAAAGAAUGGGAAUGCACGACAUCUACGAGUGGUAUCAGUUUUGCCAUUGCGGACAGGUUUUCAGCCUGUGAUCGAGACCUUGAGGGAACUAUAUCGAGCAAGAGGCAGUUCAUAGCUAUUGCAUUCAGGGGAAUGAAGCUUACCAAUCCAGUUGCAGAUAAGGUCAUACUCUCCAGCAUAAAUGAGUAGAUUGAUGCCAUCCUCAAGAAGUUGAGGAAUACCGACUUCAAGAUUCUUCAUCCAGUCCUUCAUCAUCGCCCGAUAAACUGAAGAACUACACGAGACAAAAUCAAUACUGGCAGGAACACCGAGGGCUUCUUUAACUUGGUUAUCAUUGAGGUAAGUUUCCAUUCUCGAGAAGUCAUAGCAGAGGCUACCACUGCAGGUCUUCCG